CAAACAAACCAAAAAAAUUGAAUCAGCUACUGUUCUAAGGUUGAGACUGGCAACUCUUCAUUUCCAUCCUCACCUUCAUCCCAAUGUUAUAUUAGACGAGAUUAAUUUUUUUUGAAAGAGAUUAAUUUUCUCUGUAACCAAAUAACAUUAAGUCCUUUCAUUGUAAAUGAGAUCACUCUUCCAUCGCCAUUACACCACCUCAAUCAACACCAGCGACCCGAAUUCUUUAGUUCUCGAAAUCAUCGACCUCUGCAAAUCAGGCUUUCUUUCUCAAUCUCUGAAGCUUCUGCGCUCGUUAAACCCUCUUAAAAUUGCCAAGAAACCCAUAAUCUACGCCUCUCUUUUACAAGCAUGCGCAAAAAACCUCUCUCUACGACAAGGAAAUGCACUCCAUUCUCACAUUAUCAAACUGGGUAUCGACUCCGAUCGCUACAUAUCAAAUAGUCUCUUAGCAUUGCACUUCAAGUGCUCUGAAAUAUCUGAAACGAGACGGGUUUUCGACUUUCUCGCUUUAAAAGAUGUGGUCACUUGGACCUCGAUGAUAUCGAGCUAUGUUCGAGCUAACGAACCCAAAAGAGCUUUUGAAUUGUACUCUGAAAUGGAAGAACAAGGUGUCGAGCCCAACGAGUACACGCUGUCUUCUUUGAUCAAGGCCUGUGGAGAGAUGGGUAAUCUAGAGCGAGGUAAACUCUUUCAUGAGAUGGUUAGCGAGAAAGGUUUUGAGUCUAAUUGUGUUAUCACUAGUGCUCUUAUCGAUAUGUAUGGUAAAUGCAGCAGCUUCGAAGAGGCUCGCAAAGUGUUUGAUGAAAGGGAGCAAAGAGAUACAAUUUGCUGGACCUCUCUCAUGGCUUCAUACACUCAAAACAAUCAAUUCAAAGAAGCACUAGAGCUCUUUAUGCUAAUGCAAAGGAGUCCAAAUGUUAAACCAGAUGGGUUUACUUUUGGCACUGCAAUUGCAGCUUGCGGUAAUCUAGGAUUGAUCAAGCAAGGCAAGCAAAUUCACAGUAAGUUCAUUAUAAUAGGAUAUGAAAUGAAUGUUGUGAUUCUUAGCAGUAUUAUUGAUAUGUAUGGUAAAUGUGGUUUCAUGGAUUUCGCGCACAAAGUAUUUGAUGACAUGAAUUUUAGAAACUCAGUCACUUGGUGUGCUUUGCUCAAUGGGUACUGCCAAAAUGGUUACGGAGAAGAGGCUCUAGCUCUCUUUCGGAGGAUGCAAAAUGAAGGAAUGGGUGGUGAUAGUUAUGGACUUGGUACAGUACUUAGAGCCUGUUCAAGCCUAUCGGCUUUGAGGCAAGGCAAAGAGGUCCACGCUCGAUUCCUAAGAAUUGAAGGGUGUGAUAAUGUAGUUGUAGAGUCAGCUCUAAUCGAUAUGUAUUCAGAAUGUGGGUGCAUUCGAGAAGCGAAAUUAAUAUUCGAUGAAACUAAACAUAAGAAUAUUGUAGUAUGGAAUGCAAUGAUAUGUGGGUUCGCUCAGAAUGGUAAGGGAAAAGAGGCUUUGGGUUUGUUUGAUGAGAUGAUAAAUUCUGGAAUUUCCCCUGAUUAUGUCACCUUUAUCGGGGCUCUAUUUGGUUGUGGCCACUCAGGCUUGCUUGAGGGUGGUCGGCACCUCUUUCACUCUAUGACAGAGAAACAUGGAAUCGAUCAUGGGUUAGAGCAUUGUGCUUGCAUGGUCGACCUCUUAGGCAGGGCUGGUCUCUUAGAAGAAGCUGAGGAUCUGAUAGAGAGAUCAAAUUUUAAGGAUGAUGCUUCUCUUUGGGCAGUUUUGCUAGGUGCUUGUACCUCAUAUUCGAACUUAAGAAUAUCAGAGCGAGUAGCAAAGAGAAUGAUAGAAUUGGAUCCGAAAUACCAUUUGACGUAUGUUCUUUUGUCAAAUGUGUAUGCGGCUUUUGGGAGGUGGGGUGAGGUUUCAGUUGUGAGGAAUUGGAUGAAAGAGAGAGGGAUCAAGAAGAUGCCAGGGAGAAGUUGGAUUGAAGUUAAGAACAAAGUGCAUUCUUUCCUUGCUUAUGAUGAUUCCCAUCCUCUAAAAGAUACGAUUUACACAGAGAUAAGGAGAUUGGAUGUAGAGAUGAGAGAGGUGGGAUAUGUGCCAAACAUGACCCAUGUGAUCCAUAGUGAAGAAUGGUGUUGGAAGAAAGGAUAGCACUUUCUCGAUCUAAUAAUCAUUCAUUGCUUUAUUGACUUCCAGUUGGAAUAGGAAUACCAACUUACUAACUAAUUCUUGAUGAUUUACAAAUUAGAGAGCAAAUUGUUGCCGGAGGAUCAUAAAGCAUUAGGCACAUAGCAAGUGGCUGAAUAAGGGGAGAGAGAGAGAGAGAGAAGAG